AUGGCGGGCGGGGUCGCGGCAUGGCUGCCGUUCGCCCGGGCGGCCGCCAUCGGUUGGAUCCCCGUGGCCAGCACGCCGCUGCCCACUCCCACCAACGACAAACUCCGGACGCACGACCGCCUCAUCGUGCUCAACGUCAGCGGCACCCGGUUCCAGACGUGGCGCAACACGCUGGAGCGCUACCCCGACACCCUGCUGGGCAGCUCGGAGCGCGACUUCUUCUUCCACGACGAGAACAAGGAGUACUUCUUCGACCGCGACCCCGCCAUCUUCCGGCACAUCCUCAACUUCUACCGCACUGGAAAACUGCACUACCCGCGGCAGGAGUGCAUCUCGGCCUACGACGAGGAGCUGGCCUUCUUCGGGAUCAUCCCCGAGAUCAUCGGCGACUGCUGCUACGAGGAGUACAAGGACCGCCGGCGGGAGAACCAGGAACGCAUCCAGGACGACGAGGAGAGCGACCAGACCAACGAGGCGGUCCCGCUGGACAUGAGCUACCGGGAGCGCAUGUGGCGCGCCUUCGAGAACCCGCACACCUCCACCAAGGCGCUGGUCUUCUACUACGUCACAGGCUUCUUCAUCGCCGUGUCGGUGCUGGCCAACGUGGUGGAGACGGUGCCGUGCGCCAGCGCCCAGCGCCGGUCGAAGGACGUGGCGUGCGGCGAGCGCUACGCCCUGGCCUUCUUCUGCCUGGACACGGCGUGCGUGAUGAUCUUCACCGUGGAGUACCUCCUGCGACUGGCGGCGGCGCCCAGCCGCUGGCGCUUCGUGAAGAGCGUGAUGAGCGUGAUCGACGUGGUGGCCAUCAUGCCCUACUACAUCGGCCUGGUCAUGUCGGACAACGAGGACGUGAGCGGCGCCUUCGUCACCCUCCGGGUGUUCCGCGUAUUCCGCAUCUUCAAGUUCUCCCGCCACUCGGCCGGCCUGCGCAUCCUUGGCUACACACUGAAGAGCUGCGCCUCCGAGCUGGGCUUCUUGCUCUUCUCGCUCACCAUGGCCAUCAUCAUCUUCGCCACCAUCAUGUUCUACGCCGAGAAGGGCUCGACCGCCAGCAAGUUCACCAGCAUCCCCGCCGCCUUCUGGUACACCAUCGUCACCAUGACGACCCUGGGGUACGGGGACAUGGUUCCUAAGACGGUGAUUGGUAAGCUGGUGGGCUCGGUCUGCUCGCUCAGCGGCGUCCUGGUCAUCGCCCUCCCGGUCCCGGUCAUCGUGUCCAACUUCAGUCGCAUCUACCACCAGAGCCAGCGCGCCGAGAAGAGGCGGGCCCAGAAGGCGUCCAAGGAGGCGGGCCAGGCUCUGGUCAGCAACGUCAACCCCGCCCUGGAGGUGCAGCGCCUCCACCUGCUGCACUGCCUGGAGCAGGCCACGAACCACCGCUUUGUGGAGCGGCCGUGCGAUGGCGGCAGCUGCCUGGAGGUGGACCUGGUGAAGCAGGCGUCUCCGUCCUCGCUCUCCUCCGGCUCCCCGGGGGGCUUCACCUCCUGCUGCUCCCGGAGGAGCCGCGCCCCCCUGGGCCUGCGGGGCUCCGCCCUGCCCUCCCUGCAGGAGCUGAGCACCAUCCGCAUCGCUGACCGACCCUCCUCCAACAGCCGCUCCAGUCUGAACGCUCCGUUCCAGGAGACGGUUCCUCUGACCUGCGGCGAGGAACCCGCCACGCCACAGGCCACGCCCCAGGCCUCGCCCCGGGCCCCGCCCCACGGCUGCCCCCUGGACAGCGUGGUCCGGGUGUCGGCGCUCUGA